CUCGGGGCUGUGAGGGGCUCGGAGCCGGGGGUGGGCGGCGGCGGCUCGGCGGGCGGCCGACGUCCUUCUGGGCGGCGGCAGCCAUGCGCGGGGCGGUGCGGCCGGAGCAACCGGGCUGGGGGCGCCUCCCGGGGGCCCGCGGCCUGAGCGUCCCGCCGCCGCCGCCGCUGCUGCUCCUGCUUGUGCUGCUGCUGCUGCCCGCGCCCGGCACCGCCGCCGCCCGGGCCCCGCGGCUCCCGGCGCUGCCUCCCGCGUCCGCGGGGCCCAGCGUGAGCCUCUACCUGAGCGAGGACGAGGUGCGCCGGCUGAUCGGUCUUGAUGCAGAACUUUAUUAUGUGAGAAACGACCUUAUUAGUCACUACGCUCUCUCUUUUAACCUGCUAGUACCCAGUGAGACAAAUUUCCUGCACUUCACUUGGCAUGCGAAGUCCAAGGUUGAAUAUAAGCUGGGAUUCCAAGUAGACAAUUUUGUGGCUAUGGACAUGCCCCAGGUCAACAUUUCUGCUCAGGGGGAAGUCCCACGCACUUUAUCAGUGUUUCGGGUCGAGCUUUCCUGUACUGGCAAAGUAGAUUCUGAAGUUAUGAUACUAAUGCAGCUCAACUUGACAGUAAAUUCUUCAAAAAAUUUUACAGUCUUAAAUUUUAAACGAAGGAAAAUGUGCUACAUAAAACUUGAAGAAGUAAAAACUUCAGCAUUGGACAAAAACACUAGCAGAACUAUUUAUGAUCCUGUACAUGCAGCUCCAACCACUUCUACGCGUGUGUUCUAUAUCAGUGUAGGGGUUUGUUGUGCCGUAAUAUUUCUUGUAGCAAUAAUAUUAGCCGUUUUGCACCUUCAUAGUAUGAAAAGGAUUGAACUGGAUGACAGCAUCAGUGCCAGCAGUAGUUCUCAAGGGCUGUCUCAGCCGUCCACCCAGACGACUCAGUAUCUGAGAGCCGACACACCCAACAACGCAACUCCUAUCACCAGUUAUCCUACCUUGCGGAUAGAGAAGAACGACUUGAAAAGUGUCACUCUUUUGGAGGCCAAAUCCAAGGUGAAGGACAUAGCAAUAUCUAGGGAGAGGAUAACUUUAAAAGAUGUACUUCAAGAAGGUACUUUUGGUCGUAUUUUCCAUGGGAUUUUAGUAGAUGAAAAAGAUCCAAAUAAAGAAAAACAAACAUUUGUAAAAACAGUUAAAGAUCAGGCUUCUGAAAUUCAGGUGACCAUGAUGCUCACAGAAAGUUGUAAACUUCGAGGUCUUCAUCACAGAAAUCUUCUUCCUAUUACUCAUGUGUGUAUAGAAGAAGGAGAAAAGCCCAUGGUGAUGUUGCCUUACAUGAAUUGGGGGAAUCUUAAGUUGUUUUUACGGCAGUGCAAAUUAGUAGAGGCCAAUAAUCCACAGGCAAUUUCUCAACAAGACCUGGUACACAUGGCUAUUCAGAUUGCCUGUGGAAUGAGCUACCUGGCAAGAAGGGAAGUCAUUCACAAAGACCUGGCUGCUAGGAAUUGUGUCAUUGAUGACACUCUUCAAGUUAAGAUUACAGACAAUGCUCUCUCCAGAGACUUGUUCCCCAUGGACUAUCAUUGUUUGGGGGACAAUGAAAACAGGCCAGUUCGAUGGAUGGCUCUCGAAAGUCUGGUUAAUAAUGAGUUCUCUAGUGCUAGUGAUGUGUGGGCCUUUGGAGUUGACGCUGUGGAAGCGCAUGACUCUGGGCCAGGACUCCCUACGUGGACAUCGGACCCCUUUGAGAUGGCUGCAUACCUGAAAGAUGGAACUGCUGAAGCCACUGUUUCCAUUGUUGUCUUGCAGAUUUGUGUGAUGGCCUGUUGCUGGGCCUUAGAUCCAGAGGAGAGGCCCAAGUUUCAGCAGCUGGUCCAGUGUCUCACAGAGUUCCAUGCCGCCCUGGGAGCCUAUGUCUGACUUGUCUCACAGUCCUACAGCAUCAGAGGAAGGUGCCUGUCAUGGAUGCUUCACGUUGUAACGUCACGCCAGCAAAAGCACAUUGUCUUCCAGAACACCGUGCCUUAGAAAUGCUUUAGAAUCUGAACUUUUUUAAAAGACAGACUCAAUAAUAUGGAGUAUUUUUCUAGAUAAUCACUUUUAUUAGGUUGAACUGAAAGGGGUUUUGUAUGUUUUUUUGGCCAAAAAAAAAAAAUUAACAUAGUUACUUUGGACUAGGGGUACAUUCUUACAAAAUAAACAGUUUUAAAAUUGUUUAGACACAGAUCUUUGGAAAUAGCUAAUCUUAGUGCCAACUGCUUUUUAUUUUUUUACUUCAUUGAGGUAAUGUAAGUGACUCACCUUUUAAAGAUUUUUUUUUUAAUACUAUUUUUAUCCCUGCUUUUGGGAGUGUUUUGUCUUCAAGAUACAAUAUUUAGGAAAGAAAAAACAGCAUAAAAAGAUGUCUGAUUUGCUUUGUAUAAAGAAAAGCAAUAUUAAGGAAGAAAACUGAAAGAAAAGCUAGAGAGAAAAAGGAGUGUUAAAAAAACACUUAUUUCAAAACAAACUGCCCUUGCAUGGGAAAUUGUUUAUUUCUUAUUGUUUUAGUGGAAAGGGAGUUCUGCUUUCUUACUUUGGGGAAAGCAGGGUCUGAGUUCAUCACAUCCUUAAUUUUUUGGUUAGAAAUUAGCUUUCCUGUGAGCCAGAAGAGGGUUUGGGUCAGAUUAGUAGAAACAAUGGAGACUUUAUUUAUUUUUACUCUCUGGGAAAGGAGAU